UUGGGUUCCUGGACAAAAGGCGUCGCGGCCACGGGAGAUUUUCCGACCACUUUGCAGAACUUUCCUCUCUUACUUUCUCUUUCCCUGAUUGAUUGUUGUUGGAAGCGCAUCUCGUCAAGUUUUUUACCCUUGAACUGCUCGAAUUGUUUAUUAUCUACAUACCUACCCUACCCUUGUCGCGCUCUUCGCCCUCCGCGAGGAUCGACUGCGGACAGAUCAACCGACCCCCAACCAUCCAGCCCGUCACAUAAAGAAGAUUAUUAUAAACACCCUUUUAUCGUAAUCCACCGGAGUUGAAAAGCGGCAUCUUUUCCUCUCUGCCAAGAUGGUGUACAUCCGGCAAUACCAGCUGUCAAACCUGAAGGACUAUCGUUAUGCGGGAGUUGACCUGUCGCUUAUAAGUCGAUAUGUCCUUAAGCCGUUCUAUAAUAACUUUGUGAUCAAGUGCUUCCCUAUGAGCAUGGCACCUAAUGCUAUUACCUUAACAGGCCUCUUUUUCGUUUUGAUCAACUUCUUCACCGUCUUAUACUACAGCCCGACUCUCGAUCAAGACUGCCCGCCAUGGGUUUAUGCUAGUUGCGCCGUUGGAUUAUUUUUGUACCAAACCUUUGAUGGUGUAGAUGGCAUCCAGGCGCGGAGAACUAAGCAGAGUGGUCCUCUGGGCGAGCUUUUUGAUCACAGUGUUGACGCGUGUAACACGGCUCUGGGAGUUGUAGUUUUCGCUGCGAUUAUGAAUCUCGGCCAGUCGUGGGCUACUGUUUUGACUCUUUUUGGAUCUACCAUGACCUUUUACGUCCAAACUUGGGACAUGUACUACACGCAAGUGUUGACCUUGGGGAUUGUUUCCGGUCCUGUCGAAGGCGUGCUGACGCUUUGCGUUGUCUUUGGAUUCACCGCAUAUAUGGGGGGCGGAAGCUUCUGGCAUCAACCCAUGUUCGAGACGGUUGGCGUUCCUAAACUCGGGUUUAUUCCUGCGCAGCUCUAUGAAAUGCCCUUCACGCAGUGGUAUCUUAUUUACGGCGGGAUUAUGCUGUUCUUCGCCACAGGCUCGAGCAUCGCGCACGUUGUCCAGGUUCGCAAGGAGCGUGGCAAGGAUCCCCUCCAGCCACUGUAUGGUCUCCUUCCUCUCGUCUUGACUUGGGUUCUUGUACCAGCAUAUCUGUACCUCAACCCGACCAUUCUUGAGAACCAUAUGGUUCCCUUUGCAUUGUAUGUCGGCUUGGUCAACGCUUACUCUGUUGGUCGAAUGAUCUGUGCCCACCUGGUCAAGGCAGAUUUCCCUUAUUCAAACAUCCUUCUUGGACCUCUUGCCUUGGCUGUGGUGGACAGUGCCGGUGCUCUUUUUGGUGUCUGGCCAAAAACCUUUAUUGACACCAUUGGACAACCCGCGUUUGUUUUCCUCUGUUUGGGCCUAGGUCUUGGUAUUUACGGAAGCUUCGUGCAUGACAUUAUUACAACCAUCUGCGACUACAUUGAUAUCUGGUGUUUAACCAUCAAGCACCCGUAUGUUCCAGAGCAGGCCGCCAACGGUGAUGUCCUUCAAGCGUCCAAGAAGACACUUUAGAUCGAAACUUGAGGCACCCAAUCGCAUAUCAACUAUGUGAAGCCUCGCAGAGAAAGCCACUGCUUUUUAGAAAUUUCGCCUUCAGUUUGUCUGGCGGAUCAAAUAUUUUGGAGUUGGGCUGGCUCCAGCUAUAUGCCCGUAUUGUUUUAUCAUGUCUUAUGUACAAGCGCAUUACGUUAGCGAUAGAGUAAAAUAUUAAUAAUAAAUGUUUCG